AUGGUCACGCUUUUGACGGUUGUGGGUGCCACAGGCACGCAAGGCCUCUCUCUCAUCAAUGCCGCACUAGAAGACGGCAGCUACAAGAUCAGAGGCCUGACCCGCAAUCCAAACAGCGAGAAAGCGGCCGCCUUAGCCCGGCGAGGCGUUGAAGUUGUCAAGGCUGAUAUCAAUGACCAGGAAUCGCUGAUUAAAGCUUUUGAAGGCUCGCACGCCAUCUUCGCCAUGACCGACUUCUUUGAGCCAUUCGUCGCCCACGGUCCCGAAAAGGCUAUUGAGAUCGAAGUCACCCAGGGCAUCAACAUGGCUAGAGCCGCCUCGAGGACUGCUACCCUGGAACACUACAUCUGGAGCACGCUCCCCAACGGCAAGAAGCUGACGAACGGCAAAUAUAUUGUGCCGCAUUUUGAAGGCAAGAACCGCAUCGACGACUACAUCCGCUCCGAUCAGGCCUUGCUCUCCAAGACCACAUUCCUCUGGAUCACCUGGUACGGGAACAACCUUGCCUACCCAAUAUUCACUCCGAAUCUCUUGAAAACCGCCAACACGUAUAUCCAGCUCUCGCCCGCCACGCGCGACACCCCCAUCAAGGCCAUCGGCGACCCGCACAAGAACAUCGGGGUGUUCGCGCUGUCCGUGCUCAAGCAGCCGGCCCUCACGCUGCGUCCGCAGGGCCGCUUCGUCCUCGCCGACAGCGAAGACACCACGGCCGGCAAACUGCUGAGCGACUGGUCGGCCGUCACGGGCAAACCCUCCCAGUACGUCCAAACACCGCUGGAGGAUUUCAGUGCCAUCUGGCCGGGCUUCGGGCUGGAGAUGGGUGUCAUGAUGGCCAUGUGGAGCGAAUUGAGGGAUCGCAGCUGGAGUGGUGAAGAAAGCCUGCUGACCCGGAAGGAGCUCGGCAUCAAGCAGAGCGACUUGACUACAGUCAAGGACGCUUACGCGGCCAUGAACUGGGAGAUUUUGUUGUAG